GCCCACGCGGUGCGCGGCGAGUGUGCUCGCUCAUACCGAAAGUAAAAAUAAGUAAGCAAACAAAAACAAAACGGGCGGCGAAUUUCGGAGAGUCAUUCGGCCAACGAUACCCCGAAGACGACCACGAAGUCUGUGGAAGUGGGAGCCGCCGUUUGAGAGGAGAGGACAGGAGAGUGCCGAGGUCCGUCGCACACUCGCCUGCCUGGAACGUCCAUCUUGACAACAACCCACCGACGAUAUGGUUUAAGUGAGUCAACAUGUUCACUUUCAACGUCAAUGACGAUGUCUCCAGCUAGUAUCCGGUUGUGGCUGCUCAUGGUGAUCUGCGUCAGCGGGCAAAAUGCUCUGAACGUUUUCAUGGAGGUGGUCUGCCAGAAUGAGAACGUGGGCCAGUACGGUCGACCAUCAGUGGUGGACUGCGUGAUCCAGACGUUGCGGGAGGUGAAAGAUCUGACCGUGACCACCGUCACUUGGAAGAAAGACGGCGUGCGCCUGCUGUUGUUUCACAAUAACAAACUGGAGCCCACCCCGGGCUAUUCGUUUGCGGAUCCGUCUUGGAACAGCAAGUCUUUGAACGUGUCCCUGCGGAUCGCCGACACCUCCGUGGCCGCGCACGGCAAUUACACGUGCCUGGUGAUGUCGGACAGCGGCUCGCACAAGAGCUCAGCCAGCCUUCGUGUCACGGCCAAAUACAGCAGACCCAGCAUCCACGCCACUCCGGCAGACAUUACCCCCAACUCGGAAGUCACCCUGACCUGUCGCUCCGACGGCGGCUACCCAAAGGGCCGACUGGGCUGGUUUGUCUGUCCGAACGCGCGGCGGGUCGGAACAACUGGAACCGUGGCCGAGGUGAUGGGAAAUGGGCUGUUCAACCUGUCCAGCGAGCUGACUUUGUCGCCGGGGCACGUCGCCUCCGAGUACACCUGCGUGGUGUUCAACGCCAGCGGCGGCAAAGACGACGAGGCCGCAUUGGCGAUACCCGACUCGGCCAGGUCUGCAGGGCAAGGACAAAAUCCAAAAGAGAAAGGCUUGGAUUUGGCUACCAAAGUAGUGGCGCCAGUGGUGGUCAUCGGGUCGCUGGGUGUCGGAUUGCUGCUCUAUCUGGUGCUAAACAAGAAGUGUCCUGCCCGAAACCGCAAACCGGUUCUUCAACCUGGAACAGACUCAGAGCAAGGUUAUCAACAGGAUCAUCCUUUGGUGAACCAUGAAAGCCAGCAGACCAAGGCGUGAGGCGACACUGCAUGACCGGAAUCACUACUCAGCAUUACUUUUUUGCCCUGUCCAUCACUGACUGCUAUUUGAGAUCAAUAAAUUGUAAAGUAUUAUAAUGAUUGUUCAUCUGAGCCGCAACUUUUUAAAUCACUGAAUGAUAUCAAGCUACAGUAAAUUGAGGCUGGGUGGUUGAAAGAGGAUGAGGUUUCUACAUAAGAGAGUGUUGUAAAUGAAUUCUGAGCAUUAACACUUUCGCUGUCCACCUGAGCAGAACGCUCUCCAUUGCUCGCAUUUGUUGACGUCAUGCCAGUGAAGUGAUGAAUUACCCGUACGCAAAGAGUAGCAGAAGCACUUUGGCUGCAGGGUCAGUUCGAAACCGAUGAGAAAACAUUGAACCUGACUUGGAAUUCAUGUAUUCCACUCACUGGAAUACAUGAAUUACAGGAUAUGCAUGCAGUAAAUGUAGCUUCCUUGUUUAAUUUGGACUCGUUGAGGAGCAGGCAGGACCUCUCUCUCUCUGUGUGUGUGUGUGUGUACGUGUGCACGUGUGCGUGUGCAUAAUUUGAAUUCUCUUUCACUUUCUACAUAACUCACCCCAGAGGAUAAACAGACCAAAAAGAAAGCCUGUUACUCACACUACUAAUUCUAUCUUGAUACUUUAUGACCAUUUGUGUGCGUGUGUGUGUGCGCAUGUGCGUGUGUGCACGUGUGUGUGUGUGUGUGCGUAAAUCGAUGCUCAGCAUUUCAUGACUAUAUAUGUAGCACCACUUGUAAAGAAAUCAAAAUGUUUCCAGUCCUGUGUUCCAGACCACUCUAAAGAUUGGGAAUUUCCAAGAUCCUGGUUUUAUUUUCGUUUUCCAUUAUUAAUUCUCAUCACAUACGCUCACAUGGAGAGAAAUAGUCCUUAUCUUGUUGUAUCUUCAUUUUAAAAACAUUUUUUUUUAAAUUAAAGCCCUCCAAGUGGAUUCUCGUGAGAGGCGCCUUGUGAUUUGGUAACACUCAGGAAGUAUAUUAAAAAAAUGCAGAUUAUCAGAAUGAGAUAUGUUUAAUGUCUUUGACCUAAAUCACAGGUAUCAAACUCAAGGCCCGGGGGCCAGAUCCGGCCUGCCACUUGAUUUUAUGUGGCCCGCGAAGGCAACUCAUGUGUGUCUACUUCCAUGAUUCUUGUUAAAAUCUGCACCGAAAUUUCAAAUAGUCAUAUAUCAUAAAUAUAUAUAUAUAUAUAUAUAUAUCAUAAUGUUGAGAUACUGCAAGCAUUUUUGUGUUACCAAACAUGAACAAUAGUUAAAAAACCAUUACCCUUGAUUUCUGAAUCCAAAACUAGUUCAUAAAUUUCACGUGUAAAUAUGAUGAGGCAAUUAAAGAUUUUUAUGGUUUCACAGUCAUAACGGCCCUCUGAGGGAAACCGGAACUACAAUAUGGCCGGCAAAAAAAAAUAGUUUGACGCCCCUGAGUCCUAAAUGAUACAAAAUGGUUGAUCAUUAAUUUCACAUAACACUGGUGCUUGUUUAUAUUGUUUUAUUUGUAUUUUGUACAUUAAUCUUUUUUUCCCCACCAGGAUGAAAGUUUAUUUGGGCAUGUUUGUUUGCAAUCUAUGGAGUUUUAAAUUUGAUAUUUGAUUUUAUAUGCACAUCACAAUGCAAAAUUUGUAAUAACCGAAAUGUGUUUUUUUUUUGUGUGCCUUAUUGGAAAAAGUAACACAUGCAUGGGAUGUAAAAUGUCAUGUAUGUAACCCUAACCAGUUUCUUAACGCUCUUGGAUUAUUUUGUGUAUUAAAAUGAUUUU